CCGAAGAAGCAAAAAUUCCUGUUAUCGCUUCCCACCAUGUCUACUAUUGCCAAAGCAAAGAAAGAUUAUUAAAAGAAAUUAUUGUUGCCAAUGAAGGAAUGAAUGGCACCCGCCAUUAUCUCUAUAACCAGGCAACUUUGGAUGAAAAAGAGGAUCGCUUUGCUUAUCUCCCCCCACAGCACUUACUUACUCUCGAAGAAAUGAUUGAUAAUUGGCUCUUUUUGCAAGACAAACAAUUAAUUGAAAAACUUAUUUUUAAGUAUCCACAGGAAAUAGCGAGCCAGAUCGGAGAGGUUAAUAUUAAGCAGCCUCCUCUUAACUACUCGGCCACCGGCAGUAGCGGCCGGGAAGAAAAUGAUUUAAUUACAGCCUAUACUCAACGAGCCAAUGAAAUUUUUGGUCCGCUCUGA